GCAUGGUUGGGGCAGAGAGGGAGGGGCCAGGCGGAGCAGAGGAGGGAGAAAAGGCUCCGAAGGGGAAGCGAGAGAGACCGAGCAGCGCAGGACCCCCAUCGCUCUCUUUCAUUCGCACCAUCCCUUCAUCCUUUCUCUGCGGGAGCAAAACUCCGCGCGGGAGGGCCUCGAUCCGCAGGAGAGGCGACGCAGCAGCAGCAGCGCCCUUGCUUUUGGCUCCGGAGGCUGCUCGCUUCCUCCGAGGGAGCCGAGAGUCCCACCUGCGCGCAGCGCCUCCGUCUCCGCCUGCCGGCCGGUCUCCCGACGCUGCUGCCGCUCGCGCCGCCGGACAAACGCCCGCCCCAAAAUGCCCAACUUCUCCGGCAACUGGAAGAUGAAGAGCUCGGAGAACUUCGAGGAGCUGCUGAAGGCUCUGGGUGAGUCUGGCGCCCGAGGAGGAGGCUUAUUUCUGGGAAGGGCUGAGUCCAGCGCCUAAGAAAUAGCCGAUGACGCAGCGCUGCCGCCGCCGCCGCUCCUGCGAAAGCGGCUCUAUUUUCCCUCUAUAUUUAGACCCCUCUCUGGAUGCGCCCCCCCCCCGGCAGGGGCGCGCGCGGAGGCCACCCUGGGAGGAGGGCUCCCCCUCCUUUAACAGAAUGGGGCUUUCCGGAUGGCUCCAAUAUUUGGAUCCGGGCGUAUGUGGAGUGGGAGCCGCCUUCUGGAUUCCUGCAUCUCAGCGGGCUGGACUAGAUGACCCUAGGGGUCCCUUCCAGCUCUGCAACCUUAAAACCUGCUGUUUUUCGAUAACCUGGGGGGCGGGAACAUAAGCUGGAGAGAUAGAAGAGGUCUGGCGCACCCGUGGCUCCUGCUUUCUGAAGGAUGUGGGGCUGUUUGGGGUCGGGCGCCUGAGGUUCCCAAUGUGCAGCCUUGGAGAAUAUUAUUGGGGUGGGGAAGAGAAGGGGGUGCAGUUGGGAGCCUUAAUUUGCAUGCAGGGGGAGAACCUGCAGACCCGCGUCUUCCCAUUUCGGAGUUUCAGCGUGUUCACGCGUGUUUAGAAGAACGCACCCGCCUCCGCCUCCGCGUCCCGCGCCGUCACCCCAGAAGCAAAGUUUGCGACUGCAGCGAUCGCCCUGCGGGGGCGUCUGGGGUUCCGCUUCUUGCGGGGAGGAGAAGCCACCGGAUUUUGUAACGUGUGAACAGCGGUAAGGACCACCCUGGUGGGUCCGGCGGAGGGCGGCUCCUCUCCUACCAGCCUAGGCGGAUGGAGCCGGGAGCGCUGGUGGGCUUCGACCCUGUGGACUUGAACCCCACUUAGCGGGGGGGGGGCGUGGCGGGAAGAGGAGGUCCCCUCCUCGACUGUGUGUCUCUCACAGUAACGGCAACCCCGGUUUAUCCUCACGACAGCCCCGCGAGGGAGGGAAGCGCGGCUGAGAAUUUGCGUUGCCACUCCGGAGGAGUUUGCCAUUUGGGGACCCCUGAGACACCAGGCUAGAAAGCGCGCCCCCGCCCCUCUGGGCAAUUCUAUUAGAGAAAGGGGCUUUUUUAGCGCUGCUGCCCCCUCCCACUGUGUAACCAUGGUAGGUCUUUCCUUUUCGACAAUGGCUCUGCAGGAGACCCAUAUAUUACCCUUUUGUAUAGAGAAUUGAGGGGAGAGGCAUCCAUCCACUGCCAUUAGUCUUGAUAGCUCUGGUGGAGCCCCAUGGUCAGGAGCAGUCUACCUCAGACUGCUAAUCCAAAGUAGCAGGCAGGGCAAGCAGGAUGCUGGGCUAAAUGAGCCCCCCUUCCUUUUUAGCACGGCUCCUCCCUGCCCCCACCAUCUCAGCGCUUGUUUAAGUUUUGCAGCAGGAAUUUCACAAUCCAUGUUUGUUUGUUCUUAAGGCUGACCAACCAUUUGUUUUAUUUAAAAAUGAGGUUUUAAUUUGGUGGGUUCAGGCGAACUGACCGUCCGGGCCUUUCCUAGGAUUCCACCCCUCCCCUCCCCCCAUAAAAUCCUCAUAAUCCCAUUUUGCCUGUCCUCUGACGUGGCCGGCUGAGUCACCACCUGGAUGCCUCUGGAAGGGUUUGGAAGCCACAUCCAGAACCAGGAGGGAAACUCAGGACUCAGAGGGAAAAAAUGGCAGAUCCCUGGAAGCGGUUGUGUGUGCAAAGGGCUCGGCCCUUUUGGCAUUGCCUGAGAGCCAUCUGGGUCUUCUGGGCGCCUCGUGGCAGGAUUGCAACCUUGCAGAAUUGUGAAGACCCCACUACCCAGCCAGUCUCCUGCUGGACAGGAUCCACAGUGGGGCAGGGCAGUUCUGGCCAAUGCACCUUCUCAUGGGUGGCUUCCCCCUGCCCCCCACCCCCACAAAAGGCACGUUGUAUCCCCUUUAGAGUGCAGCUCCUGAAAACAAAAAGGUUGCUGUGAACGUAAGAACAGCUUGCCGGAUCAGGCCCCUGGUCCCUCUAGCCCAUAUUGCUGCCCUCACAGGGGCUGAAAAGUUGCCUGUGGGAAAUCGGCAAGUAGUUCCUUCCAACUGGGAUUAUUCAGAAGCAUUACAGAACAUGGCCAUCCCAUGGAGAGGGCAAGGAGCUGCUUUUGGCCGGUUGAGGAGGUUGGAGUCUCUACACCUCAGCAGGAGCUUGAGCUGCGCCCCCAAAUCCCUCGGGGGAGCACAUAGGUCCCUGGAAGCCAGCACUCUGAAGCCGUAAGCAAGGAAGCCAAGAUCAUCAUGAGAAAUGGGAGUCGGAUAGGAAAGAAUUCCUAGUUCUGUCCCAGUGAGUUGGAGAUUCAGAAAUCCACUUUGUCUCUGCAGGAGAAACAGACAAAGGAGAGGGAUCUCCUCCCAGGAUGGGAUCAGGAGGUUGGCAGCCCCAGGUGUAUCUGUCUAGUGUUUGAGGACAGGUCAGAAAGAUGGUCUCAGAAGCUUGGAGGUUCUUCUUUCUCUCUCUCUCUCUCCCCAUCUCCUUUGCAGGGGGUGGGCUGGAUGACUCUCGGGAGUCCCUUCCAGCUCCAUAAUUCUAUGAUUCUUUCUCCCCAUGGCUCCCCAAGACAGGGGUAGGCAGUCUGGUAAUCAGCAUGUUUUUACAUGAGUAGAAUGUGUCUUUUAUUUAAAAUGCAUCUCUGGGUUAUUUGUGGGGCAUAGGAAUUCGUUCAUUUCCCCCCAAAAAAUAUAGUCCGGCCCACCACAAGCUCUGAGGGACAGUGGACUGGCCCCCUGCUGAAAAAGGUUGCUGACCCCUCGUGUAAGCUGAGCUGCACCCCAGCAUUUCCAACAGAAGGAGGUCCCGGGUGCAACUUGCGCUGGCAGCAUCUCCAGGUAGGGCUGGGAACCUGCCUAAGAACCUGCAGAGAAGGCACUGCUGCCAGUCUGUGCAGGCAAUAGCAGCCUAGAUAGCGUGACUUCAAUAUAGCUUCUUAUGCCCCCAUUUAAAAUGGAACAUAAUGAUCUGGAACCAUAAGAACAAGGACCUUCAUUUCUUAGUGGCAGGGCACCCGCUUUCUUUGCAGGCGGCCCCGGGUUCAACCUCAGAAAGGCCUGGGGAGAAUAAACUCUUCCCGAAACCCUGGACACCCGCUGCUGCCAGCCAGUGUAGACAGUGCUGAGCUGGAUGGGCUGAUUUUGUACGACUCUGUUUCCUUUGCUCCUGCGACUGGAUCGGUCUGCUCCCGAGGAGCUGGUGGAGGGCCUCAUCCAGGCCACGUGCCAGGAGUGGCCCGUGCUCUGAGCUGGCCCCGGGGCAGGCCGCUCUUGCAUCCCGCCUGCGAUGGAGGCCUGCGCACUGCUGGGUUCCCUGGCCUUUGGCUCUGGGUGCCGCAAUGACAAAUUCCUCCUGAAAUAACCUCUCCCCACCCCAGCGGAGAAGGAGGAGGGGGCAGGCUUGGCCUCCCCUCCUGCCGCUCUCCUAAUAAUAAUGCCCGAUGGGGGCCGGGCAUGACGAAGGGGCCGCGACUGCUGACCCCUGGCGCUCCCUGCCAUCUGCCGGGCAGGAGGUUGCGCACCCCGCUGGGGGUGGGGAGGUGGCGACAGGCGAGUCGGAGGAGCCUGGGUGUGUUUGUCUUUUGAAGCAGCCCCCUGGGAUCCAGCCCAGGGAGGCAGCUUAAGGAGGGGGGGCUGGAGGAGCUCCUACCCGGCCCCCAACUCCACAGGACAGCAGAUCCAAGGCCUUCCCUGCCCCCUCCCCUUCUGCCUCUCUGCAACCUUCUCCCAGCCGAGCCAAGGCAGCCCAGCUGGGAACAGGGAAGGGCUCUCCUGACACAGCGGUGGGGUGGCUGCUUGGCAUGCAGAAGGUCCUGGGUUCGACCCCCUCCAUUUUCUACCCCUGCCCAAGACCCUGGAGAGUUGCUGCCAGUCAGGGGGUGGAGGGGAGGCACAGGCUGCGGUGGGGAUGCUCAGCUGUGCUUCUGGGAGCUCUGGGUAGCAAUACACAGAAUCAUAGAAGGGUUGAGUUGGAAGGGACCCCAUGGGGUCAUCCAGUCCAGCCCCCUGCAAUGCAGGAAUCGCAGCUGAAGCAUCCCUGACAGAUGGCCAUCCCACCUCGGCUUAGAAGCCUAGCUUGGGUGUGUACCCCUUGCAUCCGCGAGGCCUAGAAACCUUUAGAAACGAGAGCCUGUGCGUUCGUGUGCCAGCAACUGACCUGAAUUGCAUCUACAGUGUGGGCUUCAAUCUUGGCAGGCGUGAAUGAGUGAAAAGUUUAAAUCUUUCCAUCUCGCUCUGGCUGAUGCCAUCCUACCUCUCUUGGAAAAUCCCUCCGGCUGCAUUAGCGGCAGAGAUUCCCUUUCCGCCCCCAGCCUCUUUCUCCGGGAACAAUAGAGAGAGAGAGAGAGAGAGAGAGAGAGAGAGAGAGAGAGAGAGAGAGAAUGGAUCUGCCUCGCUCCCUCCUUUCCGAACCCCAGAGACCACCUUGAGGCCCCGUAACUGAAACCCGCUUGGCAUGCAAUGCUCUGAGCAGGACUUGGGGGGAGGACGAGGCCCUCAAAAUCGAGGGGAAGAAAAUGGGGCAACACCUCUCCCCACCCCGCGAGGCAGGCGAAUUCCAAUCCACCAAUUUAUUAGUAUUUUUCAUUUUUUCGUUUUCUCGCCAGGAAAACCUCCUUUCCCUCCCCUCCGAUCUCCCUGCGCUGGUCACAGCAAAUACUUUCCAGGUUAGGGGGCUUGUGCAACAUACUUUGGGAUAAUUAUCACAUGCUUAUAUUUCACUCCUCAGCCCGCCCGCCCCCCUGCACUCAGCCGCCCCUUUCCCCCAUAUCUGAAUUAUUCGGGCAGAAAGGCUCAGAUGUUGGGGAGGGGGAAGCGGGAAUCAGCCGGCAUGGGGAGGGGGCUGGAAUGAGGAAACCGAUUUGAGGAGGGGGAGACCUUGGCUGCCAAAGCAUUGUUAAAUCUCACUCUCUUUUUCCCCACGGAGUAAUGGGGCCUGGGUCUCCACCUCCGAGCUGCGUUUUAUGGGCAUUUUAGCAGCGCAAAGAGGGGGGCUGCUCUCUCUCCCCCCCUCUCUCAUUCUCUUUCUCACUGCUUUGAGAGGGCCAUAGAAUUGUAGAGUUGGGACCCCAGGGGGUCAUCCAGUCCAACCCCCUGCAAUGCAAGAAUCACAACUAAAGCAUCCCUGGCGGGUGACCGUCCUCUAACCCUCACUCAUGAGGGUCACGGAGAGGCAGGGCUCCAGGUCCUUUAAAGCUGGUCUUUAUUGGAGCUGGGCAAAGGUUUCUCUUCCCUACCAACCUCACCAGUUGCACAACGGCCUGCCAGUGGCUGCAAGACCACAAGAGCCCAGCUGCUUUAUGAGGAGAAAGGCAGCCCAUCUAUUCUUGUCUCCUCUUCUCACGGUGGCCAAGCAGGUGCCUCUCCUGGGAAACCCGCAAGCAGGAUUGGAGGACAAGAGGUUGAGAAGCGUUGCUGCUCCAACUGUGGAGGGCAGAACAGAGCCAUCCUGGCUGGCAGCUGUCAAUUGCCUUAUUCUCCACAGAUUUGUCUAACCGUCCCAGUUGGUGCCCAUCUAUGCCUCCUGUGGGGGGGAGUUCCAUAGAUCAACUCUGCAAUGUGUGACAAAGGACUUUCUUUUCUCUGCCUGGUGCCUCCCAACAUUCAGCACCACUGCAUGUUCACCCGUUCUAGCAUGAGGAGAGAGAGCGGAAAACUUUUAUCCCUCCGCUCUCUCCGUGAGAAAACUUUCCUCUAUGCACUCCAGGCCUGGCAACCCCACAUGCCAAUUUAUUUUCCUUUUUAAAAAAUCCUUUCUAACAUCAGGCUGUCUCUCUCUCCCCCUCUCCCUUCAUGAGGGCCUUACCCUUGCCACUCCCCUAAUAAAAUUACAAUCUCUGUUCACAUCUUGUAAUCAGUCUUCGAAAAGGGAAAUUUGGCACCGCCUGGACCCUGGAACGCCUCUGGGCUGUGCAAUAAUAUUUCCCUUUGCAAUAAUUGUUCCCAGAGGCAGGCAGGGAGAUGGCUCCCAUUUCUCUCUCUCUCUCUCCCUGAAAGGGUGAGUUUUCCUACAGCUGCGCCACCUCUGCAGGCAGAACCAGGAAAACAAAGGACUGACUUUGGCUCAUUUUUUUUCCAAGAGGCUGAAUUUGACAAUCGGAGCAAAACUCUGAAUGACCCAUUAAUUCAGACAAGCGCCCUCAUCUGCCAGUUUCCCACCAAUUGCAGGUGCGGUCCUGUGGGUGGUGUAGCCCCAUGGGGUUUCAGUGGGGCUACGCCAGUGUAAGCCGAUGGAGCCUCUUUUUCCCACGGCGCUUACACUGCUGAGCCAUCUCCUUCCUCGCCCGUCUGUUGCACAAUUGCACACUUGUGCAAGGUUGUUGUGUCAACGCUGCCUCUGCAUGCAUCUCUCUCUCUCUCUCUCUCUGGAAAGCUGUUGCGAUGAGACAUGGCUGUGGGUGCAAGACUGACUUCCCAGUGACUCAGUCUGAUCCAGGAAGGUCACGGAAGGAACAGGCGCACCCAAAAUACACUAAAUGUCAGUUGAGUCUGCCUUCCCCAGACAUGGCCAAAUUGUGUGUUUUUCAGGAGGGGCUGCCUGUCUACCUCCUUCUGAUUCUGCACCCACAAGGCCCUGAGUGCUGCUCUUUCCCAUAGCCCCCCAAGGAGGGGUUCCCCCUGAAAUGCAAUGGGGAGAAAGGAAGAACGGAAAGCAAGGGGGUGGGUGAGGUCCCUUUCCGUCCAUUCUGUUGAGUUUCCGACUCUCCUGUCUUGGUGCCCCCCCCCACCGGCUUGAUGCAGCUGCAGGGCUCUUCUGACGUUCUUGUGGAACCUCCAAGUGCAGAGCCAGUCUAUCUGAGCUCCUAGGUUCAUAGGGGCAUUUGGCCACUGGUGAGAAGAGGCGGCUGGGCCAGGUGGGCCCCCUUUGGCCUAAUCCACCUGUCAGGCUCUCCUUAUGUUCUGCCACCAGCUGCCUUCUCCUCACUCCCUGUUGCCUUGUCUCGUUCCAGGCGUCAAUGUCAUGCUCCGCAAGAUCGCUGUGGCUGCUGCCUCCAAGCCGGCCGUGGAGAUCAAGCAGGACGGGGAGUCCUUCUACAUCAAGACCUCGACCACCGUCCGCACCACCGAGAUCAGCUUCAAGAUUGGGGAAGAGUUCGAGGAGCAGACGGUGGACGGGAGACCCUGCAAGGUGAGGGGCAGGAAGGGGAGAGGGGGGUCCAGGGGGGUCCAGUGAUCCUGCGCUCCAGGCCUGCAGGCCACCCUCUGUUGCCCAAGGGAGAAACGGAACUUAAGACAGAGAUCUCAAGGGGGGGGGGAGAGGUGAGCAUCAAUUCUCUUCCUUGGUGGGUCAAAACUGGGCUGGAUCUGCUUCUCUCCAGCUGCUUUGCUUGACGUCGGCCUUUGGGCCUCAGCAGCCGAUACCAGAAGUGCAGGAAGCUCCCUUUUGCCACGUCACUUUGGGUGCAUUUAGCAGUGUUGUCUACACUGGCCAGCAGCAGCUGUCCAGGGUUCAAGGAAGAGGCUUUCCCCCAAAACCUCCCUGGAGACGCUGCCAGUGGAGAUGGAACCUGGGACCUGGCAGAGCAGGGACUCUCCAAAUGAGCUACAGUGUGUUGUCUACAAAUAAAACCAGAUUCCAGUCCUCCUGGUUCAGGAUGGAUUAAAUUUGGGGCAAUAAGGAGAACUUUCUGAGAGUAUGAGCUGUUUGACAUGGGAACAGACUCCCUGGGAGGUGGUGGGCUCUCCAUCCUUGAAGGUUUUUAAGUUGGAUGCCAUCUGUCAGCGAUUCUUUAGCCGUGAUGCAGGGGGCUGGACUAGAUGACCCUUGGGGGUCCCGCCCAACUUGACAAUCCCAUGAGUCUCUGAAACUGCAUUGCACCAUUGGCUCAUGUAGCUCAGCACUGGCUGGCAGCAGCUCUCUGGUUUCAGUCUUGGGAUAUUUCCCCCCCUGCAAACACCAUCUGAGACUGAACACAGGAUCUUCUGCCAGCAAAGUAGGGUCUCUGUCCCUGAGCUGUAACCCUCCUCCUUUGCCUCUUGGAUUCCCAAAUCCCCAUCCUGCCCUCUCUUGGAUGGAUCCUGGCUUUGCAAGGGGGGUCCUUUGGGGCUCCCCUAACUCCCGUGUCCAAUAUUUCUCGGCAAACCUUUUCUUCCCAGCUGGGCUUUGGCCUGGGAAUGGAGGGAGGAGGGCCCUGAACUUUGCUGCACAAAGCAAGGGAGAGGAGCCCCCCUCCCCCUCCCCCUCUCCCUCCCCCAGUUGCUGCAUUUCCCCCAUGGGGGCCAGUAGGGUCCUUUGUGGUCCUGUCCUUAGGGAUCCUUACGGGAGGAACUGAAAGCAAAACUGUCAGCAUCGUAAUGCCAUUAUACCAAUCUCCGGUGCGACCACAUUUGGAAAGCUGUGCUGCUCACCUCAAAAAGGAUAUUGCACACUUGGAAAAGGUUCAGAAAAGGGCAAGCGAAACGAUUGAGGGGAUGGAGACCCUCGCCUGGGAAGGAAGGCUGCAGCGUUUGGGACUUUCUAGUUUGGAGAACCUUUUUAGUUUGGUGAAAAGGUGUGAGAGGCAGCCUGGUAGAAAUUUAUAACGUUAUGCCUGAGAAAGGUGGGGGAGAGAAGGUUUUCUUCACUCUCUCUCCCAAGACCCUGGCCCUUUCCAAGACCUACAGUCUGCACGCAUGUGCCCCCCACCUCUCCUUUGGGAAGGAGCCUCUGCAGAUGUUAGCCACAAUCCACAUCCACCCCAUCAUUCCUUACGAAAUACUACAAAGAAUCACAGAAUGGCAGGGCUAAGUAUCAGCUGAAGCUUCCCUGGCCGAGGCCUAGCUGACCUCUGCUUCAAAGUCUCCAGUGAAGGAGAGACCACCACCUUCCCAGGCAGACCACCCCACAGUCAAGCAGCUCUUACCCUGAAAAGUUCUCCCUGUUCUUUAGUUGGAAUUGCCUUUCUUGCUAUUUGAAGCCACGGGUUCGAGUCCUCCCUUUUGGAGCAGCGGAAAACAAACAUCACGGCCUUUUAUAUAUUUGAAGAUGGCUGUGAGAUCCCCUCUUCCUCUCCUGUUUAUCACGCCAGGCACUCCAAACUCCCCCAACUGUUAGGCACAUUGAUGGAUUUCUUCCCAUUGUGGUGUAGUGGUUCAGAGCGGUGGACUCAUAAUCUGGUGAACCAGGUCCGAUUCCCCGCUCCUCCACAUGCAGCUGCUGGGUGACCUUGGGCCAGUCACACUUCUCUGAAGUCUCUCAGCCUCACUCACCUCACAGAGUGUUGGUUGUGGGGAAGGAAGGGAAAGGAGGGAAAGGAGAUUGUUAGCCACUUUGAGACCCCUUAAAGGUAAAGGGACCCCUGACCAUUAGGUCCAGUCGUGGCCGAUUCUGGGGUUGCGGCGCUCAUCUCCCUUUAUUCGCUGAGGGAGCCGGUGUACAGCUUCCGGGUCAUGUGGCCAGCAGGACUAAGCCGCUUCUGGUGAACCAGAGCAGCGCAUGGAAAUGUCGUUUACCUUCCCACCGGAGCGGUACCUAUUUAUCUACUUGCACUUGAUGUGCUUUUGAACUGCUAGGUUGGCAGGAGCAGGGACUGAGCAACGGGAGCUCACCCUGUCAUGGAUUCAAACCGCCAACCUUAAGGGAGUGAAAGGCGGGAUAUCAAGUCCAAACUCUUGUUCUUCUUCCCACAAACCAGCUUGGGUCUGAGCAGCCUUGCUGGGCUCUGAGCUGGCCAGGUCUCUGCUGCACUUCUGGCCCAGUUGCCUUGGAGCAAACUUUUUUUCUUCUGCUCUGCUGGGCUGGACCUCAACCAACAGAUUCAAAUGGCAAAAAACGAGAUUCCAACUAAAACCUGGGAAGAACCGUCUGGUGGUGAGAUCCAUUUGGCAACGGAGUGGAUACGACCUCGGAAGGUGGCAGACUCUCCUUUGUCUGAGGUUUUUAAGCAGAUGUUGGGUGGCGCCUGUCCCAUGUGCUUGAGCUGAGAUUCCUGCAUUGCAGGGGGUUGGGCUAGAUGACCCCUGGGGUCCCUUCCAACUCUACAAUUCCGUGAUUUCUCUAACCAGUAUGUCGUGUUCUCCUUGGCAACAGCUCUUACAUGCACCUCUCCAUUUAUUUAUUUUUUUGCCAGAGGGAAGGAGGACAAUAUUCUGACCUCUGAGCAAUUGCCUCUUGAGCCCCCGCUCAUUUUCAUCAGGGCUGGCUCCACUUUAUCGAUAAUAAAUGCUGAGGACCAUGAUGGAGAUGAUUUAGAUCACCAAAGGACUUGGGGGCCGCAGGCUGCCGGCUCCCUUUUUCCACCAGCUGCCCCCCUUCCCCCUUCCUGGCCAGCCCUUUGGAGAUGAUGGAUGGAGCUGUCAGCCUAAAUUGGGUGGGGGGAGCCAGUUGCCCUCGCCCAGCUCCGGCUGCCUGCCGAGUGACAAAUGAGUGCCUUUGGGGGGCAGAGGUGGGGGUUUUGAUGGGGAGGGGGUCAGCCCUUUGUCGGCUGCUGGCAGGCUCCACAUCUCACUGGCUGGCGGGGGCUCUCCCCCCCCUUUGUUCUCUCCACAGAGUUUGGCCAAGUGGGAAAGCAACAACAAGAUGGUCUGUGAGCAGCGAUUGCUGAAAGGCGACGGCCCCAAGACAGGCUGGUCCAGGGAGAUGACCAACGAUGGGGAGCUCAUUCUGGUAAGGGAGCUUCCCUCCCUCCCACCCUAUCCCUGUCCCACCCCCAGGUCCACACACCCUUGCAGUUUAGGCCACUUGAGCAGGGACACAGGAAAGUGCUUGGCUCCAUUUUCUUGACACUUCCUGGCAAGGUUUAUUUGGAGAUGCUGUUGGUGAGGAUGGAGCCAGGGGCCUUCUGCAUGCCAGGCAAGGGCUCCGUCCCUGGGCUAGACCCCCUUGCACCUCCUUUGACUUAGAAGCAGAGCAGACUUACUCUUAGAAAGUAGGAAACGAGGAACGAGGCCCCUGCAAGUCUUCCUCAGCCCAGGAAUUUGGUUUCCAGACCUGAGAACCGGGUGUGCUGCCUCUCCUCCCCACCCUGAGUGAGGCACACAGUCUGUUUCAGGUGGGGCCAGCAUGGGGGCUGAACAACUUUUCCCCAUAUUGCAGUGUCCCUGCCAACACCUUAAGGAGGACCGUUGGAGGGAUACAUCCCCCCUUCUCUCGUUUUUGCUCUCAUUGAUUUCAUCUUUCUUUGUUUUUCCAGACCAUGAUGGCCGACGAUGUUGUCUGCACAAGGAUUUACGUCCGGGAGUGAGCGAGGCCUGCUUGUGGGGUGGCGGUUGGAUUUGGGGAGGCAGGGGCAGCAGGGUCCAAUGGGUAGGGAUCUUCCACUCUGGGUCAUGGCAGCCCCACCCCCCCAUGCCUGCCCUCCCCAUCACCCUUUCGCUCUCUGCCCAUGCUCAGAGAGCGCUACAUGCAGAAAGACUUAAGCAGAGCAGCUGGCUCUUCAUCACAUUCCCUCCGGCCUGAGAGGGGGUAGGGGGCAGAUAAAGCAGGCUCUGUCCUUGUGAUGCCCCCCCACCCCAUCAGAGCAGCCUUUCCCCCCUUCCUCCAGUCUCUUCUGGGGUCCAGCCUCCCUUUUGUCUGCUAAGGGUCCGUGACCCCCACCCCUUCCACCCUGCCGCCCUCGGCAUUGCAGACAGAGAAUCCCCUUGUUUCAGAAUCCGGUCGUGGGAUUUGGGAUCAGACUGGGGGAGGUGUGUGUGUGCCAGAGUACCCCUAGCACUGACCUCUCUUUUCCUCCCUCCUGUGGGCACUAGAUGGGAUGAGGGGGGCACAGCCCAGUCUCCCCCCCCCCUGCACCUCCCAAGGAAAUCCCUGCAUUGCUGGGGGUUGGACUGGAUGACCCUCGGAGGCCCCUUCCACCUCUACUCUUCUGUUAUGCAAGGCUGCCAUUUUCCUGGGCCCCUGACACAACCCCUGCAUUCUGAGCCCCCUCUUGCUCAGCAUCUUGGGAAAGGGAACUAAAACCAAACAGGCUGUCCGGGUUUCCAUUUCAUUUCACGCGGAGCAUCUUGAAGGCCAGCCCUGCCCCUCUGGGCCACCGGAUCUUGUUAGCGUCAAAGGUGUAAUGUAGCUGAGUGUCACCCACCAAAUUGAGAUGCCUUCUUACCUCUGGACCUUCUGUGUUAAUUGCUAGGAUUUUUAAAAAGUAUUUAUUUGCUACCCUUGUACUAACAAAAGAAGAAAAAGGAUAUAACCACUUCCUCCCUCCCCCAAAACAAACCCCACCCCCACCUCCCUGUGUGAGCACUGGGUCUCCUGUUCAAAAGCCACCUCUUUGAUGUUUGCCUUCCUUCCUAAUAAAUGUCUCAUUAAAAAAGUGUCUACA